AUGGCCCACAACGAUAUUGAGGCUGUCGCCAAGCUAGGCCUCAGUCUUGCAAGCUCCCUACAAGUACACUCGGAAGCCAACAGAAGAGCCCGACAAACGCUUCCCAAGCUAAUCAAUUUGAUCAACUCGACUGCCUUGACAUUAACAAAAGUUGGCCAUCUGAUUCAAGAGAAUGAAGAUGCCCUCACCAAGCUAUGCCUGGAAGACAUCGCGAGCCUAGCAGCCACAUGCGAAAAGAUCUACAUCGGUGUUUUGAUCAUGUUGGUACGGCAGACAGAGAAUGUUGUUGGUGACAAGGAGAUCAAUGAGAUCCCGCGGGAGGAAACAGGAAAGUAUCUGUAUUGCAUCGCUCACACCAGUGUCUGGCGCUUGGAGUCUUGGGAGUGGCUCGAGGUUCAACUCAGGUAUUUUCGGCACCGGUUGACGCAAAUCAAGUUUGAACUCAUGCUGCGCUAUCUUUUGGGCAGUAUCGCGCAGCACCAGAUGCGGGCACUUACUCGAGUCCCAGGUAGCUUUGAGACCGAGUAUACAAUCCGAAUGCUUGCAGGACAAGUGGCCAGUCAACGAGCAAGUCACUACAAAUAUUGGUCCAAGAAGGUGGCCAAAUGGACCAUCAUUACUCCACCACUACCUAGUAGCAACGUUUCCUUGACAGAUGUCAACAGCACUUGCACUGUUUCAAGUACACCUACCAUUGCGCUUGACACAAAGGUUGAAGAAAUCAAACCUGUUGAAACCAUGCCAGUCACUCAAACUCCGGCCUUGGAACUGUCCAAGGACACUGAGGUAUCGCCUGAUACCACUGCAGAGACCACCAGCAAACCAACCCAAAUCGAUCAAAAGUCGAUCAAAGAACAUGGCUCAAGUCUGAUCACUGCUACCAGAAACUGGAUCAAACGAAUUCUCGUGCCAGGAUCGCACGAUGAAUGGAAGGGUCAAGAUCUUGAGGUUUGGCAAAUCGAUCUUGGCGCCCAUUUGAAUAGCGUCCCGAGCAAGACGUUCAAACGGCUUGAACUAGACGACAAACAUGUCAGGUCCGCGCUCUCACAGGUGACCUCCAAGUCCAGGUGGAGAAAGCGUCCAGAACUCCUCGAGCAAUAUGACUCACUCGAUCAACGUGUCCGCCAACGAAUCGACGAGGGUGUCGAUGCUGCCAAACAAUCGAGCUCUAGGGAACGAACUUGGAUUGCCAUGUCAAUCGCCAGUCCUCCAUUCAAACACCGUAACGGUAGAAGGUCCGAGGCUGCUAUUCAGGCUGAUGCUUCCAUCUCUCUUUUCUUCCGACUCGGUGAUGAGGUAGAGCCCAUACACGUUUUUGAACCAUACUCGGGUAAAAAGCUCACCUUCCCGUAUGAAGCAUACAAGGAUCUUAAUUUGUUGCAUAAAAGACUCUCGAGCCUCAACUUGGGAUUCACCACGGCAUCAAUCAUGAAAGAAGGAAAGUAUGUUUUCUGCACCGAUGACGGAACCGUCAUUUUACAUGAAGCGUGGGAAUCACUACGCCGUCCUGGCAUGACUUUGAAUAUUCAACUUGUUGGUGUGCCAAUACCACCAGGCUGGCCAGUUUCCAAUCCUCAGGGUCGUAUUCCACCUAGAAUCAUUCGUCCUAUGAAUAUUGGUCCUAGUGGUAACCUUCCUUCUGCAAACACUACUACUUCUGACAGUUCGUCGGCAUAUACUUGUGCUUCUCCGACUAUGAAACAAAUUCACGGCGAGAUGGAGGAACUGCUUCGACUUUCCGACUCAUGGUCUCCUGAUCCGGACACAAUCGGCACAGGCCUGGGCAGACUUCUUGGCUUGUGGACUAAUGCUCCUGAUCCGCAUGUCAACGUUACAGAAGAUUCAGAAUCAGAGUGGAGUUGUUCCACGGGAGACUCUGACUAUAGCAGCGGCAGUGUGUCCAGCUAA